ACGUGUGACCUUACAGCUCUGUAUAGCACUCCUCCACGUCCACUUGAAAGAGGAACUGCUGCCAAAGUAAAAGUGUUUGUCAGCGACUCUGAGGAUUUUACAGCACAAUGACAUCUCAGGUUGCGCGGACGGUCCUGCGUCUGGAGGCAUCUGAAGUUGGGGAACUGAAAGAUGGCAUCAAUUUUAAGAAAAACUCGGAAGAUGGCAAAUGUUACAUCAUUUUCAAAGACAAAGAUAAAACACGAGCCUGCAAAAACCAAUGCAAGCACCAGGGAGGACUUUUCAUUAAAGACAUAGAGGAUUUAGAUGGCAGAACAGUGCGUUGUACUAAACACUACUGGAAACUUGAUGUGUCCACAAUGGAGUAUGUCAACCCACCCGACAGCUUUAUGCAGGAUGAACUUGAGGUGGUGCUGUCAGAUACUGAUGGGAGUUUGGAGCUGGUUGAGUUGAAUCCACCUGACCCUUGGACUGUGGACCCUCGAGAGGCACAAGAGCUACAAACUGGAGAGCUCACGUUGACAUACAUUACACAUGCGUGUAUGGAACUCAAAGCAGGAGUCAAGCGGAUGAUGUUUGAUCCCUGGCUGACAGGACCGGCGUUUGCCAGAGGAUGGUGGCUCUUACACGAACCUCCAUCUGAUGCCAUGGAGAGACUCUGUCAGGCUGAUCUCAUUUACAUCAGUCACAUGCACUCCGACCAUCUGAGCUACCCCACAUUAAAAUUACUUUCAAAGAAGCGUCCUGAUAUUCCCAUUUAUGUUGGAGACACCUCACGCCCGGUGUUCUGGUACCUGGAUAGAAGUGAUGUGAAUUUAACAAACAUCAAUGUGGUGCCCUUCGGUGUAUGGCAAAAUGUUGAUGAGCAUCUGAGAUUUAUGAUUCUGAUGGACGGCAUUCAUCCUGAGAUGGAUACUUGCUUAAUAGUGGAGUAUAAAGGUCACAUGAUCCUGAAUACGGUCGACUGUACCAGACCAAACAAUGGACGUCUCCCACACGGUGUGGAUGUGAUGAUGAGUGACUUCGCUGGAGGUGCUUCUGGCUUUCCAAUGACUUUCUAUGGUGGUAAAUACAUCGAAACCUGGAAGGCAGAUUUCAUCAAGAAUGAAAGAAAGAAACUGCUGAACUAUAAGACUCAGCUGGUGAAAGUUUUACAACCCAAGAUUUACUGUCCCUUUGCUGGUUACUUUACAGAAGCUCAUCCAUCAGACAGGUACAUAAAGGAGACAAAUAAGAAGAACAGCGCUGAAGACCUAAACGCUUCCAUAAGAACGAGCUGCCCAAAUACUCUGACCUGGACUCCUUUACCCUCUUCUGUGCUGGAUGUCGCUCUCGCUCUAGCGGAUCAAUCUAACACGAAUGCAAUCACUCAACCCUCAAACGGUACAAAGAUCUUUAAGGACAACUGGAACUUUGAUUUGUAUUUGGAUGAGCUGAAUGCUGCCAUUUCCCAUGAUAUCUUUAAAUACAAAUCCUGGAUCCAGUAUUAUUAUAACUGGGCGGGAUUUAAAGGCUACAAUCUGGUUAUACGGGUCAUUGAGACGGAUGAUGAAUUUGAGCCGCUGGAUGGAGGUUACGAUUAUCUGGUGGACUGCAUGGAUCUUUCCUUUCCAGACAGGAGACCAGAGAGAGAUCACGCAUAUGAGGAGAUUAAAAACAGAGUGGGUGUGAUGAGACACGUGGUUGUAAAUGGACGACUCUGGGACGACCUGUACAUCGGCUUCAAUAACAGAAUGAGUCGAGAUCCUGAUGUUUACCAUCACAAGUUUUGGAAUCAUUUCCAGACAGAAUUACCACUAACAGCUCCAGACUGGGAUCAUUUCCUUCAAAUUAUCGCUGAACAGACGGAUGUUCAACAUGCAGAUUUGUCACAGGAGAACGGUUUCUGUCUGCUCUCUUAAUAAUUGUUUGUUUUCUAUUGAAGACACAGUAACACUAUGUUGCUUGUCACUUGAUGGCUCAGAAAACCUUUACUCAACUGCAUUUAUAAUCAAGACAAUGUUUGUCUCAACUGAUACAAGAAGAAUAUACUAAAGAUAAUAUGUAAAAUUCAUUGUUACCUGACAAUAAUAAAUAUAGCAAUAAAAACAAAAUGCAUGAACCACAUAAAUGAUAAGAGCAGUCAUGUUCUGAUUGCUUUUAAGUUCUUAGAGAAUUUAAUAUACAAUUCUGAAUCUUAAAAACAAACUUUUAGUCCUUUCAGUAUAAAUACGUUGGCUUAAGAAUAAAUAUAAACUGGCAUGGUCCAAAACACUGACAAAAUUCUCAUACAUAAGAUAAAAGCAUUCAAAACUAGGCUAAAAUUAUUUUUAUGACAUCACCCUAUAUCUUCUUGUCAUUAGUCUCCAGAUUUUUAAGAGAUAUGGAGGUUACUUGUAUUUUUGCCAUUUGGAAGUAGAAUCCAUAAAACAUUUAUUUUAUCAAUGUAUAUUUGGGUGAUUCUCACGAAACCAUUGAAACACUACGGCACUAAUGAUUUCAGCUUUAAAAUGUGUAAUAUAGUAACAUUAAAAAGCAUCAGAAUUAACACAAUACUGUGUUCUACCUUGCACAAUGUGUGAUUUCAACAUAAGAAUUUAUAAUUGCAAAUUUUAUCUCAUUUUCUGCUGAAAUUCUCAUUACCGCAAUGUGUCCGGCUGUGUUUGAACAUGCGUUAUGUUGUAAUUUAAUCAAAUUAACACAAAAAUAUUAAGAAAAAAAAUAAAUGGAUGUUUUGCUAGACUACUUUAGAUGACAGAAAAAAUAUUUACUGAAUAUUCAUGUAUAAAUAAUAAUGAAGAAAAAUUAGAAAAAUGAUGUGUCCAUGCCUGAUGUUCUCAUCCUCCGCAACACUUUUUGAGAACAGUUUAAGCACACAUACAGAAUUUUAAUAAAGUUUGAUUUUGAGUGACCAAGCACAUGGACCAGUUACUUCAAGAUGGCUACCAGGUAAGAUAAUUUUUUUACAGUUAAUUUGAAAUAUUGUCUUGUCAGAAUGCUUACAC